AUGGGAAAUUUGUUGAAUGCUAGGGCCUUGCAUAAUUUGAAUAUGUGUAUUAUUGAUGGCGAUGUGGUUAAAGGCAGAGCAACUGUGGAUGAUGAUGAGGAAGAAGAUGAAUGUGAUGGAGAAGAGGAUGAUGAAACUGAAAUUGAGAUGGUGAUGCUGUUUAGAGUUGUCACAGUUUGGACCGGGGUUGUGCGUUUUAAUCGUGUGAGCAAAGUAGUAGUGCUUGUUAUAGUAGAUGAGCACUCUGAAGCUGGAAUUAGGACUAGUUACUUAUUAGCUGCUAGAAAGGAAGCUACACGUCGUCGUCGCGUAAGCCUGGAAAAUGCUUUCAUAUCAUUGGCUAAUAGGGCUGUUUCUUCUGGUGGUGGGCAGUCUGCUUUCGACCGGUUUGACCGUCAUAGGCCCCCUACUUAUGAUGGUGUUGCUGACCCUAUGGCUCUGGAAAAUUGGUUAAGGGAGAUGGAGAAGCUUUUUACGGCAACAAUCUGCUUUGCUGCCAAAAUGGUACCUAUUGGGACGUACUAUUUGAAGAGAGAGGCGGAUAAUUGGUGGGGUACGGUGAAGGAUGCGUGUAUGGCUACAGCUGGUUUUGGGUGGACCCAGUUCUCCGCCAAGCUAAAAGAGAGAUUCUAUCCUGAUGAGUUGCGCUGGCAAAAACAGGAGGAGUUUCUAUCUCUAACUCAAGGGAAUAUGGAUAUCCAGAAGUACACCGACCGCUUCACAGAGUUGUCUAAAUUUGCUGGUACUGUCAUUCCCACCGAAGCUGAGAGGGUUAAGAGAUAUAUAAAGAAAAUGAAUCCGAGGGUAAGGACUCUAGUGCUGUGUUCGGGGGUUACCACUUUCCAAGCUACUUAUGAGAUGGCCCUGAGUGUCCAUGCAUCAGUGAGAGAGGAAGAAGUUGUUAAGGCUGCAUCUGUAAGGAAGCCUUUUCUGUCUAUUGCUCCUGGUCCGGCUAAGAAGCCGAGGUUUGAGCCGAGUUUCCGUGGUGGAUACCAAGGCUCCAGUUCUAGGCAGGGUUUUGAUCCGUCCAAGUGUCGGAGGUGUGAGAAGCCUGUGCAUCUGGGGAAGGAUUGUGAAGGAGCUGCCAUUGUUUGCUUCUAUUGUAGGGAAGCGGGUCACAAGAGUUAUGAGUAUCCCAAGAAUUCGAGGGCUACAGCUAAGCCCCCUGUUCCUCCUAGUCAUUCUGCUCCGCCAAAGAAUCGGGUUUACAGUAUGACUCAUUUCGACGCCGAUGUUCAUCCCGACGUCAUCUCUGGUACCUUUCUUGUUAAUUCUGUUCCUGCUUCUGUGUUGUUUGAUUCUGGUGCUUCCGUGUCUUGUGUGUCUAAUUCUUUUGCCAAGAAAGCUAAAUUGACUUCGAGUUCUCCUAUUCGAACUCUUAUUUCUAUACCUUCUGGUGAGAAUUACCCUUGUUUGGCCGAGUAUUGUGGAGUGCCUAUCUUUGUGUUGGGUAUUGAUCUUCCAGCCGAUCUCAAGGCAUUCCCCAUGGUCGAGUUUGAUGUUAUUUUGGGCAUGGAUUGGUUAUUUAAGUAUCGUGCUCAGAUUCAUUGCCGCGAUCAAAAAGUGACUCUUCGUAGUCCGUGUGGCAAGCAUAUCUCCUAUAGUGGAGUGGUGUUGAAGAAAGGGGUGAAAAUCGUAUCUGCUCUCAAGAUGCAAAAGCUCCGUCAGAAAGGGGAGCAAGUGUUCCUCUGCAUGGUGAAAGAUUUGACCCAAGAAGUGAAGUUAGAGGACAUUCCCGUUGUCCGUGAGUAUCCGGACGUUUUUCCUGAUGAGCUACCGGGUAUUCCCCCUAAAAGGGAAGUUGAGUUCAGCAUUGACUUGACUCCUGGUACUGCUCCUCUGUCAAAGGCCCCGUAUAGGAUGGCGCCUGCUGAGUUGCAAGAGUUGAAGACUCAGUUGCAAGAACUGAUUGAUAAGGGAUUUAUUAGGCCAAGUGUCUCGUCUUGGGGUGUUCUUGUUCUGUUUGUCAAGAAGAAAGAUGGGAGUAUGCGGCUUUGCAUCGAUUAUCGUGAAUUGAACAAGAUGAACCGCUCUUUCCAUGAGUUCCUGGAUACGUGUGUGGUUGUUUUUAUCGACGAUAUCCUGGUGUACUCUAAGAAUGAAGAAGAGCAUGAGAAGCAUCUAAGGUUGAUCUUGGGUAUUCUGAGGCAACAUAAAUGGUUUGCAAAGUUCUCCAAGUGUGAGUUAUGGCUGAAGGAGGUGUCGUUCCUAGGCCAUGUCAUCAGCAAGGAUGGAGUUAUGGUGGAUCCUUCUAAGGUUAGAGCUGUGGUGGAUUGGGAAAGUCCUAAAAAUGUUUCCGAGAUCCGAAGUUUCCUAGGUCUUGCUGGUUACUAUCGGAGGUUUGUUAAGGAUUUCUCAAGGAUAGCUCAGUCGUUGACCAAAUUGAUGAAGAAGGAGAGCAAGUUCCUGUGGUCCGAAGGUGUGAAAAAGCAUUCCAAGAGUUGA